CUGUGGUAGAGCUGUUUUGAGUUUUCUCGGGGUUCGACGGUCGCUCGGCGAAAAAUUAAAAGACGCAUAUUUAUUCAAAGAUUUUAUUUUACUGUGAUUGUGAAUUUUGUUUUAGUGGUGAUAAAAAUCAACAUUGUGGCGAAGGUUACGCCGUUCCCUAACAUGACUUAUUCCGGAAGGAAUAAAUUCGAGAUCGGUCGGUUUUCGGGCGAGGACGACAACCAUAUAAACAAGAAACUGCCGAAGGAGCUCCUACUGCGGAUCCUGUCCUACCUGGACGUGGUCUCACUGUGCCGCUGUGCGCAGGUCUCGAAGCUAUGGAACAUUCUAGCGCUGGACGGAUCCAACUGGCAGCGUAUCGACUUAUUUGACUUUCAGAGAGAUGUUGAGGGGCCAGUAAUAGAGAACAUAUCGCAGCGAUGUGGUGGCUUCCUGCGGCAGCUAUCCCUGAGGGGAUGCGAGAGCAUCGGCGAUGGAUCCAUGAAGACCUUGGCUCAGUCCUGCCCGAACAUUGAAGAAUUAAAUUUGAACAAAUGCAAGAAGGUGACAGACCAAACGUGCCAGGCACUAGGGAGAAGGUGUAGCAAGCUGCAGAGAAUUAACCUAGAUUCGUGUCCCAACAUCACAGAUAUAUCAUUAAAGGCGCUUUCAGACGGGUGUCCUAUGUUGACCCAUGUGAACGUGUCGUGGUGUCAGUCUAUCACAGAGAACGGCGUUGAGGCGAUAUCGCGUGCUUGUCCUAAGCUGAAGAGUUUCAUAUGUAAAGGAUGUAAGCACGUGAACGAUCGCGCUGUGUCGUGUCUUGCCACCUACUGCCCGGACUUAGAGGUGCUCAACGUGCAGGGCUGCGAGAAUAUAACAGACGAGUCGAUAUCGAAGCUGGGUGGCGCGAUGCGACGGCUCUGCGUGUCCGGGUGCACGCGGCUUACGGACGCAGCACUGUGUGCACUUGCGGCCCGCUGCCCCGACCUGGCCACCUUGGAGCUGGCCCAGUGUGCACAACUCACUGACGCUGGCUUCCAGGCCCUCGCCAGGAGUUGUCGUCUACUAGAACGCAUGGACCUAGAAGAAUGUGUGCUGAUAACAGAUAAUACGCUCGUCCACUUGGCCAUGGGGUGUCCAAGAUUAGAAAAACUGACGCUGUCACACUGCGAGUUGAUCACGGACUACGGCAUCAAGCAACUGUCAAUGUCGCCGUGCGCCGCGGAACACCUCACAGUGCUCGGUCUAGAUAAUUGCCCCCUGGUGACGGACGGCGCGCUGGAGCACCUGAUAUCAUGCCACAACCUGCAGCUUAUAGAGCUGUACGACUGCCAGAUGGUCACGAGGAAUGCUAUACGAAAACUGAGGAAUCACCUCCCGAACAUUAAGGUGCACGCAUACUUCGCUCCGGUGACUCCGCCCGUGACAGGGGGCGGGGCGCGACCCCGCUACUGUCGGUGUUGCAACAUUAUUUGAGACGUGGCCCUCAUGUACAUCGGUCUUACGUGCUUCACUGUGGCAAUAUUUGUCUUCACCAAUUGACUGUUGUACCAAUUGUUGCGAUAAUUACAUGGUCCUUCGAGCCGGAUAGCUUCCCAUGAAGUACGGCUCCGAUGGGUUAUCUUAUUGCAGAGUGUGUGAACUGUCUAUGUCUGUUGACAGUCUUCAACAGAACUUACUGUGUAGAAAUUACUGUUGUAAUUUCUGGAGGAGGUUUGGAAGUAUUGUAAAGGUUCAAUGUUGUUUCUUAACCAUGAUUGUUAUCGACGUAAGGAGGCUAAGUUUUAAAUAUUGCCACAUCAUACAGACUUGUGUAUGUUGAUAUGGGUAGUAUAUCUAAUUAAUUAUGUACUUGAGUUAUAUUGUACUAACUAUAAUUAGUUAAUUAUACAACUGUGUUAGUUUAUAAGUAACCUAAAUGUUCAAGCGGAUCAAUAUGCUUAUGUCAUUGUCAAAAAUAUCUGUGGCCAUAGUUGUUUAUCAUGCCGAGACAAUGUGUCUUUUUCAUCCUAAGCUGUAUGCUGAACUAGUCUUAGCCCUUUUUCUUCGUUAAGGGUAAAAUAAGGGGGCAAAAUAGUUUUCUGAUAUAAUUUUGACGUGUAAGUUGACUUUCUAAAAAAAAUUGUGAAGAAGAGUUAAGAUUUGAUUAAGUAAUAUGUUUUCUCCGUUCAAAACAAACAACGUAGCUUACGAAAAUUCUUAUUUCUUGAGCAAGAAAACAUGAAUCACUGGUUGUCCCCAUUGAUUUAAAUCUGAUUUGAAAUGUCAGAAUUAUAAAUACUACAGUAUUCGCAGAGAAUACAGAUUUUUUUUUGUUAAGGUUAUCAAAAAUAUAAAAAAUAAAUAAAUGACAUAUAUGGCUGAAACGCUCAACGCGAGGAGCCAAUAUAUCAAGAAGAAGAAGAAAUUACAUCAUAGAUAAAAAAAAUUAUGAAAAACAUAAAAUACACGCGCAGAUAAUUUAUCUACAAUCUGAUGUCCUAUUACAUUUACUCUUUGAAAUAAUUUUUCACUUCUAAUAGCAGAGGGGAAUGUUUAAUCCGAUAAAUUUAGUAUUAAAAAAAUUAAUGUUAUCAUAAAAUCAAAAUGUGUUGUAAUUAGGGUAAGAUAGUAAAAAAUAUUUUGGAUAAGUUAAGAUAUGAGCUGAACAGAUUCCGCCAUUAUAGUCUUAGCCAGUUUGGAGCUAUUGAUGGCGAUUAAAAUUAUUUUUUUACAAAAAUAAAGUUAUACAUUUUUA